CCACAGCCAUCCUUCUGUUAUAACAUUCCCGUACAAACUAGGGAAGAGAGGAGAAAGAGGAAGCAUGGGCAGAGCCAUAAGGUGGCUCAAGGGCCUGUUUGGUGUCAAGAAAGACAGCAGAGACCAGCAGCAGAAGCCCUUCUCCUCCGGCGGCAGAGACUUGGCGGCGCUCUGCAAUAACCCGGCGACCGUGCCGCCCAACAUCUCGCCAGCGGAGGCUGUGUGGCUGCAGUCCUUCUACCGGGAGAGCGAGGAGGAGCAAAACAAACAUGCCAUUGCCGUGGCCGCCGCCACUGCAGCAGUUGCCGAUGCCGCCGUGGCGGCAGCUCAGGCAGCCGUGGCCGUAGUGAGGCUGACGAGCCACGGUCGGGGCACCAUGUUCGGCGGCGGCCAGGAGCGCUGGGCUGCUGUCAAGAUUCAGACUGUCUUCAGGGGCUAUUUGGCAAGAAAGGCAUUGAGAGCACUCAAGGGGCUGGUGAAGUUGCAAGCAGCGGUGAGAGGGUAUUUGGUGAGGAAGCAGGCCACUGCUACUCUCCACAGCAUGCAAGCCCUCAUAAGAGCUCAGGCCACCGUCCGGUCUCAAAGAUCCGGCGCUGCUCUCAUCAACAUCAGUCCCUACAAACCUGAGGCCCGAGCUCGGAAAUCCACGGAGCAAUUUGACGAUGCUAGGAGCGAAUACCCAUCGUCGGUCCACAGCAAGAGGCUCUCGUCUUCUGACACUGGAACCAUUACCAACGCCUUCGACGAGAGCCCGAAAAUCGUAGAAAUGGAUACAGCAGGCACAGGUAGGCCUAGAUCGAGGUCCCGCAGGACGACCUCGCCGGACACUGACAUCUACGAUGAGGUCACACCCCGCAUACCGCUCUCCUCCCCGCUCCCAGGACAAGCCCCGCCCCGCAUAUAUAUACCAGAUGGACUGAGCUUCGAGGCUGACCAGGCCGACUGCUGGGGCCUGACUAGCGACGAAUAUUGCCGGUUCUCGACCGCACACAGCACCCCGCGGGUCUUCAGUGCCAGUGGGCUUCGUACCCCGGCAGCGAGGACCCCGUCGAGGAGCGUGUGUGGGGACAACUUCUUCGGGAGCUACUACCACCCGAACUACAUGGGAAACACGCAGUCCUCCAAGGCAAAGCAGUUGAGGUCGCACAGCGCCCCGAAGCAGAGGCCAGAGCCAGGAGUCAGUCGGGGCAACCCGAAAAGGGCGUCGCUGAACGAGCUGAUGGCGUCGAGGAGCAGCCUGAGCGGGGCACGGAUGCAGAGGUUGUGCUCGCGGGCCCAGGAGGCCAUUAACUUCAAGAAUGCUGUGAUGGGUAAGCUCCACAGGUCUAGUGAGCUUGGUAGGGAUCAAACCGACAGAGACCACUAUCAAAUUAUGAGGUUCUGAAAUUAAUUUGCCUAAGAAUGUGGACAAAGUACUAGGAAGAAUAGGCCUGGAUUGCUAGCUCCUGAUAUGUAUAUGACGUGGUAAGUUAUGUAGGCAAUUCAAUUUAAUGAGACCAUCCAAAUGUGACAGCUGAGCAAGGGAAUCUUACUUCAAUUGCAUCACUCUGUUUCCUGCUGCUCGAAGACUUGGCUCCACGUCGAGUAGCAUGAAUCGGAAUUUCCAAUGCUUAAUGCUUCAA